AUGUCUUCUGUCAUCAACAACAACAUGCUCACUGUCUAUUACGAGGGGAUAAGGCUCAUCCUCGACACAGUGGCGAGGAUGAGAGGACGUGCGACACAGUUGGACACAUCCCAAUUGGGUGAGGUGACAAACGCGCUGUCACACGUCACCAGUCUCUUCUCAUCGUCCACCACGACCAUCGACAAUUGGCCACGAGGACCCACCACUACAAUCGAGGAACGGCGACGACCCCCCACGAACAGCCAGGAGGGCCCACCCCCACCAUUGACGAAUAGCCACGAGGGCCCACCACCAGGAUCGACGGACGACGACGAGUGCCCACUAACGUCCACGGGGCCACCACCAGUAUCGACGAAUGGCUACGACCGCCCACAACCACGAUCGUCGAGCGGCCAUGGGUGCCCACCACGACGAACGGCCACGGGGGCUCAUCACCACAUUCGACAAACAGCCAUGGGCGCCAACGACCAUGAUCCACAAACGGUCAAUAGCACCGUCAACGAUUCCCCAGUCUGCCCCCAUCCUCCACCCCCGCUCUCUCCCCCACAGACCCACCUCACAUAA